AUGUGUUUGUUUUUUAUGAUUGCCCUCAUACAAAUGACCGAGUGUCAAAAAAUCGUCACUAAAGGGAAAACGAUAACGGUGAAUGAAGGUGAACAGUUGGAGUUGCCGUGUUACGUACAGGAUCUCGGAUCAGGGCCGAUCAUAUGGCGGCGAAAAGAGAAUCCUCUCUUCAUUGACGAGGAGAACCUCGCCGAGGACGAACGUAUGCAGAAUUCAACGCUCACAAUUCUCGACGUGGAACCGAUGGACAUGAGUGAUUACGUGUGCGCGGUCUUGGAACCUGAACAGGAGAUCGUCUACAAGAUCAUUGUACACUCGCCUACUGGCAUUGUAUGGCACGCCACAAACGACGACUCUCACCUUGACGGUAGCAUGAAAUUGGCAAAUCAUCGUUUCCAAAUUACAUUACCACAACGAGAUAAACUCGUAGUUAAGGAUGGAAGAAUGCCGUCGGACUUGUCGGUUCGUGGUCCACAACUGGUGAUUUCAAAGGCCAAAAAGUCGCAUUCGGGCGAGUAUGAAUGCACGGCGACUAAUGCGGCAGGCAGUGACUUUGCCACACUGAAAAUACAAGUAAACGGUGAGCAAAUCUUUGGAUCUUCGCUCUUUCGAACAUCAUCCCAGUGUCGAUUGACGCUUCUCCCUUUGUUCAGUCACGCAUGUAAAAAGAUGUUCUACUUCAGUUGUUUCUUUUGA